AUGGCUCCGUCGACGACGACGGCCGGCCCCUGCCCCGCCGUGGCGCCGUACACGGAGCGGUACGCGCUGCCCUUCCCCGGCAUGGACGGGGUCUACAUGUUCCCGCUCUCACCGCUGUAUACGCUCAUCAUGCACGUCCACCAAGACGUCGAGUCCGACCCUGCCUUCUUCUCGAGCGCUGCCCGCUUCUCGGUUGCCCUCCUCCACCGGCCGUACCGCGGCGCGCCGUGGACGGUCCACCCGUCCGCAGCGCCGCGCACGUUCCCUGUCCUCUAUCUCAAGACGGCAGCAUACGCGCCGCUUUCUGUGCCGUGGACGGCUGGCCUGCCUGCCGACAAGCUGCAUCCGUGGCCUCUGGUGCCUCCGACCUCGCCGCCGGCUACCGCCGCCGUCUACCGCUUCAUCAUCUCGGGCGCUGAGGGCAACGACGACGAUCCCGGCCGCGCCUCGGCUCGCAUCCUGACCGUCGACUGCGGCGCAAACUCGGCCGCGCUCUGGCCGCUUCCCGGAGGUGCACCCACACCUAUCGUGGGAUGCAGCAUGGCGCUUUCAGCGCCGACCUGGCUGGCGCCAAACCGCAUGACGGGUCUCGGCAAGUUCAUCAUCACCACACCCGAGUCACGGGUUGCGUGCGCCUCACUCGACCAUGAUCGCGCGAUGUGCUUCAUCUCGGCCGCGAUUGAGCACGACGAGCUGGUCAUCCGCCAGCUCAUCGGCCGCGCCGUCCGCGUCUCCGGCACUGGCCUCACGUCGACCGUCGCGGUCGACGGCGGCCUGUUCAAUAUCACUGACCCACUCGUGGGCUCUGAAGUCCACACACUGCGGGCUCUUCCAGCUUCGCCCAACGUUGCUGUGCUGUUGGCGUACAAGGCACCGCCAAACGAGCAAAUCCAGUGGCACUCUGUGUACUCGCCGUCAGGCGCCAUGACGCCGUCGACGGGGCCACCGCGCGGCGAGGCCACCUUCUCGUCCUCAUUGGCUGCACUCUCGCCAUCGACGAUCGGUCCCUCGCUCGGCAUCGAGUUGGUGUGGACCUCACACGCCCGCGACACCGUUCUCGUUGCUUUUGGUGACGAGGACCGUCUCUGGGCCGCCACCGUGCUCACGUGCUCGGCCAACCCUGGAGCCAACUUUUCGCUCACGGCUUGUUCGCCGAAAAGCGAGCUCGAGAUCGCCACCGCCGUCUCUCGCUUCCAGCUCACCAGCUACGCUUUUCUUACGCCGGCCGAGAUGGCGGCAGCGGGCCCAGCGGUGGUCGACGGUAUGGUCACGGCCUCGCUGGUGUCCUUCCUCGAUCCCAACGGUGUCAUUCUUGCGACUAUCAAUGCUUCAUCGUCACACGUGGCCCCCUCGCUCUUCCGCGACGAGCCGACUUUUAUCGCGGCCAACAUCAUCAACGAGGGUGUCGCUGUCCCGCUCUCGCUUGCCCCGCUCGAGUUUGCCUGGUUUGCCCGCGGCUCGGUGCCCGAGCUCGGCAACGAGGAAAUCCAUGAUCGGUGGCCGAUGGCGGGUACCCUUUUGGUCUCUAACCCGCAGCCGAGUCUCCCGUCACUGGAGACGCGCACACUGCCCCUCGGCCUCGCCGCGAGCAUCGCCCUCCCGAUUGGAGUCACGCUGCCUGACAUGCCGGUCGCGGCGUGCGUCGACUCGGCGCCGGCUGGCACUAGCGUUGUUGUCGCGUUCGACCCAGACCUGCCGCUCGGGGAGCAAGCCACUGUGACAAUCAACAUACCACCACUCGCUGGCGGUAAGCUGCACAGCGUCCGCGUUCGAGUCAUGUUUCCGGACGUGCUCAUUGAGGUGCCUGUGUGGAUUGAGCCGGCGCCGCGCGCGCUGUCGUCGCCUGCGCUCAUCCCGCUCGCCCAGGGCGCCACCCUCUUUAAUGUCACCAUCUCCGGCCUGGAGCCGGACACGCUGUACGUAGUGACCAUGGCGCUGCAUGCCGGUUCCGGCUAUGGCCCGUUCUCGGCGGCGACCGAGGUCAAGACGCUCCCCGACUGCGCGCUUGGUACAGUGCCGUCGAUCGAUGACGAGGCGUGUGUCGCGUGCGAGGCCGGUGAGUACGGCGCACUCACACCCAGUGGCCUCCAAACCUGCCUCCGCUGCCCGGAUACGGCUGUCUCGUCGCGUGGCGCUGCGAGCAUGACAGACUGUAUUUGCCCAGGCUCGGCCUUUUUGACAGCCAGCAAGUGCGUAGCAUGUCCGCGCGGCGGUCUCUGCACCGCCGCGCUCGGCCCAUACCCGUACCCCGCCCCAGGCUACUUUGACGCCACGUCUGACCGAUCCGUCUCCGAGUCCUCGGGCGUAGGCUACCAGUUUGUGGCGUGCCCGCUGCCCGAGGCGUGCCUAGGCGGGCGGGCGGGUUGCGCGGUUGGCUACACCGGAUUUGCCUGCGCGCGGUGCGCCGACGGUUACUUUGUCACGCCGUCGCGAGAGUGCCGUACCUGCCCGCCGGGUGCGGGCGGGACGGUCUUUGCAGUCAUCUUGCUUGUUGUUGGCCUUGCGGCAGGCUACACGCUCCUCUCGUUCCUCGCCGCCACGUUUCCGUGGGAGCUGACUCUUGCGCGGCAGACCGGAGUCGGCGCAGAGGCGCAGUCGUAUAUGGUACGCCGGCUGCGGGCGCCGCCCUCGCUGCGGUUGACGGUUGUCACCAUCCAGUGCGUGGGCAUGCUGGCCACCGUCCGGUUUGGCCUCCCCGACUCACUGCAGGGCGUUCUUCUUGCUGCCCACGCCACCAACCUCGAUCCUGCGCUCUUUGCCAUCGAGUGUACCAUUCCGUCGUUUGUGGCACGCUACAUCCUGGUCGCCUCGUUCCCCGUUGUCAUCUUGGUGGUGGCGUGCGGCAUGUGCUUUGUCAUUGCGCUCACGGCUGCCUCGUUUCCGAUUCUCAAGGCCAAGUACGCGCCCUCGGCCGGGGCAUCACUGCGUGCCCUCCUGCCGGCGCUGCUCGAGCGAGUUGUCCUCACCCUCGGCCCGCUGCUGUACAUUCCGCUAGUCCGCAGCAGCCUCGCGUUUCUCGACUGCUCUGCGCUCCCGGCGGGGCGCGGCUACUUUGUUGACGCUGAUCCGAGCCUGGCGUGCUACUCGAGCGAGUGGUGGGCCCUCUUUCCAGCCUUCUUGGCUUCGGCCACGAUCUAUGGGCUUGGUCUGCCGGGCUACAUCGUGUUCCGACUGAGGCAGUCGUCAGGCCGACUGACGCAGCUCGGCGUCAUUGCGCGGUAUGGGUGUGUUUAUCAGCCGUUCCGGCGGCCGACGUUUUUCUUUGCCCCUAUCAUGCUGGCGCGGAGCGCCGGCAUGGUUGCCGCCACGCUCUUCUUCUCGUCAUCGCCAGUCUGGGUUGCUGCGCUCGCGCUCAUCAUCACUCAGGGAUGGAUGAUGACCAUCAUCCGGUGGCGGCCGCACUUUGAGCCGCUACACAACUCGCUCGAGCUCGGAUAUGGGCUGGCGCUCACGAGUCUUGUCCUACUGUGUCUCGUCUUUCUCGCUGUCGACCGACCGUCAGCCGCAACCGUCCAGUUCUUUGAAGUUGCGGGCGUCUGCUGCGUCCUUGCAGUCGCCGCGGCUGGUCUCCUGGUUGCCGUCUACGAAGCUAUUGCCAUUUUCCGGGUCAAGGCGCAGGCCGAGACAAGCGACCACGGCGGCGGCACGAGUGGCAAGCUCGGCCCGGCCGCCAAGUCGCGGCUCAACAUGCGCGAGCUGGUCGUUUGGCACACUUUUCUUCGCGAGGUUGAUGACUUUGACAACGAAGAGCUCGCGGCGCAGCUCCACACGCUCCUGGCGGAUCUCCACGGGCUCUCGAUUGUGGGUUCGGUCGAGGAGGCUCGGUCGAGGCUCGGCUCGUCGGCCUCGACCGGCGCGUUCGGCCUGCAGCUCCGCAAGGAGACUGACGACUUUGCCGGUGUCGGUGGCUUGGACGGUGUCGAGCUCACAAGCAUGGAUGCGCCUGUGCGACCGGUGCGGCCGACGCGCGAGCUGAUGAUCUCGCGUGAGGCGCCGGCCCGACCGAUGCGGCCGGCACGGCCGGCGCAACAUGAUGUUGCCGAGCCGGCGCGGCCGGCGCGCAAGACCACGGUGCGGUUUGCGUGAGGAACCACCACAAGAAAG